AUGAAUAUACCCAUUCCAGAUGGGAAACUGAUGGCCAUAGAGUCCUCUGCGGAGACUGGUUUAGCCUGCGACCUGCCCUUCUCCGGGUUAGACAGCACCUGGAGCCUUGGCCACCCAGCUGGUAACUGUGGCCAAGCUGAGCCCGUGUUUGGAGAGUACCUCGGGUGGAGACCAGCCUGCUCACAACCUCCUUCUCCCACCCUUGUGGUCCUUGUGGUCCAUAACACCGGCACGUUGUCUCGCAGGUACAGAGAAGAUCUGCCGUCCAAGUGCUUCACAAAGCACGGGCGCAGGUCGCCACGCCCCACGUCACUGAACAGCCGGCGGUGGAGGUUUGUGAGAACGGGACUGGAUGACUUCCGGAAAGGCUGCCCGCCUUGCGGAGGUGUGAUCACUCGGGGCCCUGAGGAGGGCUUUCUCCCCCAGAUUUAUCACAGAGCUCCCCGACCUGCCCCGAAGAGGAGCCAGAAGGACAUGCUGCCUAGGGAAGCAGCCCUGCGUUCCACGCUCUCGCCGGCCCGCCAGGCGCGGAAGGACUUCCUGGCGGACGUUGAGGCCCAUCCGACCCCGCACCCCUCGGCUCUCUACCCGGACCUGGAGGAAGACAUGCCCGCAGAACUCUUAUUAAAGGUGCUGGAAGUGCUGGGUCCUGACAGGAAGCUGGAGGACACACGGGGUUAUUGUCAGGGCAUCCGGAAAAGAAUGAAGGAACCCACAAAACUUUUAAAAAAACAUUCUACUCAAGUCUUCCUGGGGCAUCCCAAGAAGACUCCUGUGUCACAUCCAGGCCAGUGGCUUUAUGAAGAAAAGAAGCCAAGUGAAUCAGAUCUGCUCUGCAAUGAUGGUGCACUUCGACAUGAAAACGUACGCAAAGGAGUUAGCGACUUCUGCAGCUGGGCUACUAAGUUUCGGGGCCUGAACAUUGAUGAGGAGUUCAUCCUGAAACAGUUUGACAUUGACUGUCAGAGCAAACCAAGCUAUAAUGUGCUCCAUACAAUGAGACCCAGCCAGGUUCCUCUGGAGCUAAAGAAAAGGAUUGGGCUGAAUAACCUGCAGGAGCCACAGUUUUCCCAGAAACUGCACUAUGAGCAGAGACCUCAGAAACCACAGAAUCCUUAUAAACCAAAGUGGGUGAAGAUGAGGUACGGAGCAUGGUAUCUGAACACCAAGUUGUGGAAAAAGCAAAGAGCCGAUGAGCCUUUGGUUGACCCCAAGGUCUUACAUAAAGCUCAAGAUGAGAAUAUGAAAAAGGAGCUAUGGGAACAGGAGGAGUUACUUGCAGACCUUCAUGGAACAGCUGCCUUUAAGGAUUUCAUUCUGCGCAGGGGCUACAGGAUGCCGAGUUUCCUUGAGAAGAUGUGUAUGAGGAAGGAAUGUAAAUGUGAAUGUAACAAGACUUCUGUAAAAUAACUCAAGCAUGGAAGAAUCUUGGGAAGAUGAUUAGACAGAUUUCAUUUACUAUAUACUUGGCUAUUUCUCUCUCUCUUUAAACAUUAAACAAAAUUUAUAAUGAAUGUCCCACCAUAGUUGUACAAUUUUGACUUGGCAACAUUCAUAAAAUUUAUAACUAAUACAAACAUUUCAGAAUAGUCUUCUGCUUCAGUUAAUCAAUAUUUUAUAUAUUUUAUCAACCGUGAGAUCAAUUUCAUAUUUGGUAUUCUAACAUUUUGAUAGCAUUGUCAAUAUUACAUAGUUGUAUCAACUAUUUGUAAAAAUAAAUAAAACCAUAAAAAAGCAGAAUUGCUUUAUUUCAUUUUCCCAGAGUAUUAUUUUCCCUGGUUUUGAGUGAAUAGCUCCUUUACUCUUUCUUUACAAUAUAAUUUUCUUUCAUUUUGAAUUAAGCUUACUGAGGGUUUUUUGGCAUGUUAAUCUUGAUAAUAAAUGUGUACCUAUAAUAUAAUGUCAUGGGUCAUAAAGUUUAAUGGAAACUCAAGAUGACAUAUUUUUACAUUAAAUUUUUAAAACUUAUUUUAUUUAACAUGUUAAUGCUCAUGUUAGGAAAAUUAGAAAAUAUAGACUAACAAAAAGAACGUAGAAAAUACAAAUACUUCCUAUAGAGUCAGCAGUAACUACUCUUUACUCAUUGGAAUGCAUCCUUCCAGAUCUUUCCCUCUGAAAUACCCUCUGGAUAAUUUAAUCAAAGGAAUUUAUUUAAAGGAUAUUGGAUCCCAAAGUUUUAUCAGUUAUAGUAGUUGUCUUCAAAUACAGAAUCUCUGGGUGAUGGAUGACCUUUCAUCCUCUGGGUCUGUCAUGAUCCCAUUUCAAUAAUCUGUAGGCUGUAAGUGAGUCUUUACUAUACACUCUAUGCAUCUGGACACAUUAGGGUGAUGGAGUACAUGACAGAAGCAAUGAACGCAUAGUGUCAGCCCAUUGCUGUGAAAUGAGUUUCAGUGUUGAGUGGGAUACCGUGGUGGUGAAUGAGCAUGCAGGAAGUGUAGAAAUGUUGGUGUGGGCAGAAGUUUGUUAAGCAGGAAAGCAAAUCCAAUUGCAGAAUAGGUUGCUAGUCUAGUCAGGCCACUUUCCUCUGCCUCCCUUGCUGUUUCAACUUGUCAUACAUGCCUGCUUGGUAGCCCAUGGGAGCCCCAAAGCCUGAGAGCCCAGAGGAGGCAUCCAGUUCUACCAGGCAAGCUGGGGCAGGAUUCUGACAUUCAAGUGCUGAGCCAAGAUGGUGUUGGCGGUGGUCUGGAGAGAAUGCAUUUCUUCCCCUGGACACAUUGUUCCUGGCUUUGUUACAUUCAAGCCUAAUUCACAUUAGGGACUCAAGUUUGGUUUUAAUUACUGGACAAUUAUUCCACAGAAGCAGUAGCCAGGGCAGCCUUCGUGAGGGGAAAUCCAAGUUGCUGAACCCACGUGGAGCCUGCAUUUCUGCCUCCAUGCCCACUUUGCCCAUGAGAUCACUGGGCAACAUUGGAAUUUCUGGAGAAGGAAGCGGGCUGGCAUGCAGAGGAUAGGUCAAACUUUUCACCUGAUUAUUGAGCGCUUCCUCUACAGUGGAGGGCUUUUGGUGGGUAUUCACAAAGAACCAAAUACUCCCAUACUCUGGAUCCAUUCUGAGCGAUCCCCUGUAUACCUCUUCUCCCAAAUCUCUUUGUCACUAUCCCUGCAUUCUUGAUCCUUCCAAGUCUCUGGCUACUAAGCUAAGCCAUCAGCUGCUGACCAUUAGUUGGUGACAUGCACCUCAGCCCAUUUCUCCUUUCAGACAAAGUGGUCAACAGGAUGAAAUGCUUACAUUUCUGUCUACUGGAAAAUUCCCCUUCUCAGCUGCUCUUCAGGGCCACCCUUGAGUUGGGCUACAGUGUUGUGGCAGUCCACUUGUGGCUGCUGCCGUCAUAUAGUGGAGGUUGUCUGUUUCAUCACCUGGACUAAGA